AUGGCCCCUCCUAAGAUCUUCUCCCUUGACGGCAAAAGCCUCAAACUCGACACCGCAGAGGACAUCGAGGCUCACAUCAAGCCUCUGACCGAAAGCACCGACUACACCGAGGUUCACUUCGGCGGUAACACCCUAGGCAUUGGGGCCUCCGAGCGUCUUGCUGCUGUCCUCGCGACCCAGAAGAGCCUCGAAGUUGCUGACUUGGCCGAUAUCUUUACCUCCCGUCUUCUUUCUGAAAUCCCUCCCGCCCUGAAGGCCCUUCUCGAUGCCAUCCUCGAGAUCCCUACCGCUCAUACCAUUAACCUUUCCGACAACGCUUUCGGUCUCAACACCCAGGCUCCCCUGGUCGAUUUCCUGUCCAAGCACACCCCGCUCCGUCAUUUGAUCCUGAACAACAACGGUCUCGGCCCCGCUGCUGGAACUUUAAUUGCCGAUGCCCUGAGCAAGCUCGCUGAGCGUAAGGAGGAAGCUCGUAAGGAGGACAAGGAGGUUGCCGCUCUGGAGAGCAUUGUUUGCGGUCGCAACCGUCUUGAGAAUGGCAGUAUGGAGGCGUGGGCCCGUGCCUACGAGAAGCACUCUGCCGGCCUCAAGUCAGUCAAGAUGACCCAGAACGGUAUUAGACAAGAGGGUAUCUCGCACCUGCUCAAGAACGGUCUCCGUCACGCCCACUCCCUGGAGGUUCUGGAUCUACAAGACAACACUUUCACCGUCAUUGGAUCUACUGCUCUGGCUAGUGUUCUGGAAGGCUGGCCAUCUCUCCUUGAGUUGGGUGUCGGCGACUGUCUUCUUUCCGCUCGUGGUGGUGUCAAGGUUGCUGAGGCCCUUGCUGCCAACAAGAACCAGAAGCUGCAGACCGUGCGCUUUCAGUACAACGAGGUUAAGGCUGACUGUGUCAAGGCGCUUGCCCACGCUGCCAAGACCGCUCUCCCCAGUCUGCGUCGUGUCGAGCUGAACGGCAACAUCUUCUCUGAUGAGGAUGAGAACAUUACUGCGCUGAAGGAGCUCCUUGAGGCUCGCCAGGAGGAGCACGGCACCGACGAUGACCCCGAAGAUACCUGGGGUGUUGAUGAGCUCGACGAGCUUGAGUCAGAGGAUGAGGAUGAGGAAGAGGACGAAGAGGAGGAAGAGGAGGACGAGGACGAGCGCAAGGCCGAAAAGGAUCUGAAGGAAGCCGAUCGUGCCGAGGAAGAGAAGGUCGCUCAAAAGUCCGACAAGGAUGUCGACGCCUUGGCUGAUGCUCUGGGCAAGACUGGCAUCUAG